AUGCGUAAUGAUCUUGCCCUCCCAACUGGACAGGAAUACUGUGGAGAGGAAUUUUUAGAUUCUACUGGAAGACUGAAUGAAGGAUCUGUAGCAGAUGUUGCAGGCAUAGCUUGUCUGGUGUACUGCAUCUUGGAUUGUUUACGAUCUGGUUGUUUUCUUGAUCAAAGGGAGGACAUACAGAAGAGGACCUUCACCAAGUGGCUUAACUCACAGCUAUCCAGGGACAAGAAGAGCGACGUUGUAAACGACCUCUUCCUUGACCUCAGGGACGGCAACCAUCUUCUGUCUCUUCUCGAGGUCCUGUGCGGACAAAAACUAAAAAGAGAGAAAGGUCAUAUGCGAUUACAUCACCUGAACAAUGUCAACAGAGCUCUUCAGAUUCUAAGUCAACAACAGGUUCGUCUUGUCAACAUCAGUAACAAUGACAUCGUGGACGGCAACCCUAAGCUGACGUUGGGGCUGGUCUGGAGUAUUAUUUCACAUUGGCAGGCACAAGAACUUUUGAACACAGAGAUGAGUGACAGCAGCAGGGAAACCAGCACCGAGAAGACGGUCCUGAACUGGUGUCGGGAGACAACCCAGGGGUAUAGAAAUGUAGACAUCCGGAACUUCACAACCAGUUGGCGUGACGGCCUCGCCUUCAAUGCCUUACUGCACAAGUACAGGCCUAACCUCUUUGACUAUGACGGCCUCCUGAAGCUCGACCCCGAGGCCCGACUGGAGCAUGCAUUCCGCAUCGCUCACGAGGAGUUCAACGUCCACCGAUAUCUGGAACCCGAGGAUAUCAAUGUUGAGCUCCCCGACAAGAAAUCUAUCAUGAUCUACGUGAUCGAUAUGUACAAAAUCCUGUCGCAGCAAACCGAGGUCAUUUCGAGUAGAUCGGGUCACGCGAGGUCAGGGGUCGGCAAGACCUCUUCGUCAGAGCACACCCCAGUUACUCCCUCAUCAGAAACGUCCUUUUCCGACAUGAGCGAGGUGGAUCUGGAGAGUUACCAAGGCAACAUGGAGAACGUCCUGGCCUGGCUCCUGGAAGCCGAGGACCAUCUCGGCCACCAGGGCGCCAUCUCCGACAACGUGGAUAAAGUCAAGGAUCAAUUCCACACACACGAGGAGUUUAUGAUGGAGCUGACGUCCCACCAGAACAGCGUCGGCAAUGCCCUCCAGGAAGGCAACCAUCUCAUCUUAGAGAACAAGGUGACCGAGGACGAGGAGAAUGAGAUUAGGGAGCAGAUGAGCCUACUCAACAGCCGCUGGGAGAACCUUAGGAUAUCAGCUAUGGAGAGGCAGACCAAAUUGCAUGAAGUGUUGAUGGAGUUGCAGCAGAAGCAGCUGGACGACCUAGCUGCCUGGCUGGACCGCACGGAGGAGGUCAUCAGCAGACAGGAAGGGUUGGGCAGCAACCUGGACCAGGUCAGCCAGCAGGUGGAGGAACACAGGAUGCUUCAAGAAUCCCUGGAGGAGCAACAGAUGCAGGUCAACUCCCUGACCCACAUGGUGGUGGUGGUGGACGAGAGCAGUCCAGAAAAUGCCACGGCCUUGCUGGAGGAGCAGCUGACCAGCCUGGGAGAGCGCUGGGCCCGGGUCUGCCAGUGGACCGAGCAGCGCUGGGCCAUCCUGCAGGAGGUCUCGGCCCACUGGCAGCGCUUCGUGGAGGAACAGCGGCAGUUCAGCGACUGGCUGAGCGACAAGGAGUCCACGCUAGCCCGUAUGAGACUGGCAGAUGUGCAGGACGUCAAGGGGGCUAUCGAGAGGGUCAAGAUACUCAAGAUUCUGGAGCAGGAGUUGGAGAUCCAGCGCAACCAGUUUGACAAGCUGAACCGGAGCGCCGAGAACAUCGUGGAGCAUCUCGACGAGAACAACCGGGCCGUGGAAGACAUCCAGCUGGUCCUGGACGAGUUCUCUCAGCGAUGGGACAGCGUCGUCCAGCAGAUGGAGAUGCACUCCAAAUGGAUCGCCGAGAGCGGCAUCAACCUGGAUGCCAUCCCCAUCACAGACUCCAUCAACACCACCACCACAACAAAGACCUACCGCGGCGACUCGGGCAACACCGUCACCGAGACCCAAGUCACCAAGACCAUCACCCAAACCGUCCACGUCGCCCCGUCACCGUCGUCAGCCGCCAGCGAGCCGCACAAGCGCCCCCACGAGGACAGCCAGCUCAAGAGGCAGUUUGACGGCGAGCUGGGCAGCCUGGUGUCGUGGAUGGAGGACACGGAGCAGAAGUUGAUGACUUCCAACGAGCCGUCGCCUGAGGAUCCAAACUUGGACGAACAGAGAAAAUUUUACAGUACUUUGGAGCGAGACCUGAACGAGAGGAAAGCCCGGGUGAAGAAUGUAUCGGAGCUUGGCAACAAGCUGAUCACUCAAACCCGCUUAGAGGGCACCUCGACCGAGCCCAUCCGACACUCCUUAGAGAACCUCCAGGAGCGCUGGCAGGACGUCCGGGUCAUGGUGGACGGCCGCAAGCGCAACCUGGACCAGUCCUCUCAGAGGAAGCAGUUCACCGACGAGCUGAAGAGACUACAGGAGGUGGUGCAGUCGGUCCAGGGAUGGCUGGACGAGCAAGCCACGGUGGCUGAUAGCGUACAGGGGAUACAGGCACAGCUAGAUCAGUGCAGGGCCAAGCAGAAGGAGAUGACCAUCAACAGCCACCGCAUCGAGCGCCUGACCGCCACCGCCCGGGACCUGACCGGCGACGCCACCAUCUCCCGCACCGCGCAGCGCGACAUCAGGGCCUUCAAGCAGUCCUGGGAGGCCGCCUCCACCGCCCUGAAGGACAGAGAGAAGCUCCUGGGAAAAGCGUUGGACUGCGCGCCGCCCCAGCGCUACAUCGAGGCCAUGAGGGCGCUGACGCAGUGGCUGCAGAGCGUAGAGGCCGUGCUGCGCUCCGAGGAGUUCUGUGUGACAGAGGUGGACGAGCUGGAAGACCAGCUGCAAAAAUACAAGGAACUUCAGACCACCAUACAGCAGCAGCGGCCCAACUACGACUUUGUCAACAAGACUGGGAAGGACCUGGUGUCUGGCGCCCCGUCUCCCGCACAGUCGGAGACCCUGCAGCGCGACCUGAGCAAGAUGAACCAGGGCUGGAGCGAGGUGACCUUUUUAGUAGAAGAGCGGCAAGGUCAACUGGAGAGGGCGCUCAGCGAACUCAAACUCUGGCAGGAUGAAGUGAACGGUCUGAAGAGCUGGAUGGCCGAAGUUGACACGUUCCUGUCGGCUGAGGAAAUUGCCUUAGGCGACAUGGAAGUACUACAGGCCCAGCUCGAGCAGGGACAGGCCCUGACCGACGACAUUCAGACCCUGCAGCAGAACAUGGACAACAUCACCGAGACUGGACAGAAGCUGGCCAAAGAGGGCGACCCGCCGUUUGCGGCCCGCAUCACCGCCGAGCUGAAGCAGCUGCAGACCAAGUGGACACGGGUCACCAAGCUGGCUCAGGAACAGAGACAGAGUCUGGAGACGGCCCACGGCAUCUGCAAGAAACUGAAAGGCGAGAUGCAAGAACUGAACGACUGGCUGGACGUGACGGAGACGGACUACAUCAGCAAAGACGCGUCCAUCCAAGACCCCGCCGAUAUACAGAACAAACUCAAGAAAGUCAAGAAAGUCCAGGAAGACACUACAGCCAAAGAGCCCAUCGUGACCUCAGCAACCAAAGGCCACACAGCCCUGACCGCCAAAUCGCCCCAAGACUCCACCCUCUCCUCCGAGUACACGACCCUCCUCGCUCGCUGGACAACCCACCAGGACAAGCUAGCCUCUGCCCACAAGACGCUGACUGAAGCCGCCGACAACUGGCGGCAGCUCAAGGUGCUGCUGGAGGAGGAGACUAUGUGGAUGGAAGGGUUCGAGAAGAAACUGAAGAAUCCAUCACUGAGCCUGGAUGCGGAGGAAAUUUCGGAAGAGAUUGAUACUUUGGAGCUGGCUGUUCAGAAACACGCCGUAGACAACUCCGCGAAGAUCAAUAAGCUAAGCCAGAGUCUGAUCUCCAAUGACAUCAUGGUGUCUGCUGUGGAACGCGAAACCAAGAUGUACAACCAGAAAGCUAAGGAAAUUGUUACUCAGGCUAAAGAAUGCCAGCAGCGUCUGGAGAACAACGUCCAGCUCUUGCAGCAACUUGAGAAGGACAUGCUGGUGCUACAGAGCUGGAUCACUGUGGUGGACAGGACACUCAACAACCGGCUGGCAUCGCGGGUCUCGGCUCUAGAUGUCCCUAGUGAAUUUGAGCAAAUGAAGUCAGAGUUUGAAGCCCACGAGACCGUGCUGUCCAACAUCAACAACAGAGCCACGGCCCUGAUGGAACAGACCAGCAGCACGGCCAAUCAGAGACUCCACCAGCAAGUGGAGAUACUACGGAAAAAUAUGGACGAGCUGCAGCACAAGUUCCGCAAGUUCCAGAAGCCGUCGGACUUUGAGCCCAAGAUGGCCCACGUCAAGGGGAUCCUGGACAACGUACAGGAAGGCAUCGGGGUCCUGGUGGUCAAGAACAGAGAGCCGGAGGUCAUCAAGACACAGCAGGACGCGUGCAUGGGCUUCUACAAGACACUGAGUGAGAUCAAGCACGAAGUAGAGUACGUCAUCAAGACCGGCCGCAGCGUGGUCGAGCGCCAUCAGCUAGACAACCCGGCCGACCUGACCGAACGCCUGAACACCUUGAAGCUCCUGUACAACCAGCUCGGCAAGCGGGUGACGGAGGGCCGGGACGAGCUUGAGAAGGCCCUGUCGCUGAGUCGCAAGGUCAAGAAGGAGCUGGUGAGCCAGGGAGAAUGGUGCCAGACUAAGGAGACGGAGCUGGGCCGGCGGUGCGAGGAGGACAAGGAGGGGACGCCGCAGAGCUUGAACCAGGAGAUCGAGUGGUGCAAGAAACUAGAGCAUGACAUCAAGAAGCACCAGACCUCCAUGGGCGAGUGCAAGAAGCUUGCCGACAAGCUGAUUGGCCUAGCUGAGGAAGGCAGCCUGGGCGCCAUCAAGGACGACUGCGAAGACAUCGAGGGACGGCUGGCCAAGCUGUCCGGCCAGAUCAGGGACAGGCACAUACAACUCAAGAAAUACUUAGAUCAGAUAGCAGAGUUCCGUAGAAGUCUUAGCGAGGUGAAGCCGUGGCUUAGCGAAGCUGAGAAGAUCUUAGACGCCUCGGACAAACUUCCCAGAGAGGAGAAAGUCAGUGAGGAGGAGGUGGCUAGAUGCAUGAAACUACAAGAGGAAUCGGAGGACCUAGCCACCAGGGUGGAGGAGAUCCGUGACCAGGCCUUGGAGCUCUUACGCCUGGGCGGUGAUUGCCGGCGCUCAACCGAGCCGGACCUCAUCAGCCUGAAUCAGAGAUGGGAGGACGUCUGCCAAAGGGCUAAGGAGAAGCAGCUGGAGCAGAAGACUAUCGUUGCUGAGAUGGACGAGGCGGCACGGCAACUAGAGGAGGCAGAGCGGAGGCGCGCUGAGGAAGAGGAGAAGAGGAAAGAGCAGGAGGAAAGAUUGAAGGAAGAGCGGCUAAAGGAGGAGGUGCGAUUGAAGGAGGAAGAGCGAUUGAAGGAAGAACGCUUGAAGGAGGAAAGACUGAGGGAGGAGGAGCGAUUGCAGGAAGAGCAAUUGAAGGAGGCAGAACAGUUGAGGGAAGAGCAAUUGAUGGAGGAAAGACUAAGGGAGGAAGAACGAUUGAAGGAAGAGCAACUAAAGGAGGAAGAGCGGUUGAAGGAAGAGCGAUUGAAGGAGGAAAGACUCAGGGAGGAACAACGAUUGAAGGAAGAACAAGAAUUGAAGGAAGAACAAGAAAGACUUGAGGCAGAAAGAGAACAAGAGAGAUUGAAACGGGAAGAGGAGGAACGCCAGGCUGCUGCUGCUGUGGAAGCAAUGCCCAAGGAGGAAGAUGAGCAUCUGGUAGCCAUGGAAACUGAAGUCGUUGUGCAGUCAUCCCCCGAUCACAUGGACGUCCCUGACGACACAGAGACCUCUGCGCAAAUCUCGGAAGACAUCAUUGACGAGGCGGUGCAGUGCGAGUCCAUCGACGAGCUGGAAACUCAGCCCGACCUUUCAUCCUUGCAGUGGGUCACCCCCGGCGAGUUGCUGGCCCAGGAGGUGCAGGAAAACUCUGACAAGACCAACUCUCUGAUCGAAGAGCAGUGUGAGCAGCAGAUCGUGGAGACCGUCGAAGCAGCCGUCAAUUUUGACGAGAUGUUCGCUGGAAAGGACGAUGAGGAAGUUAAAGAUGAGGAGGCGGAGAGGCACGUUGCAGAGUUCCACGUGGUCUUGGAGCAGACCUACCAAGCCAUUGACCUGUGUGAUCAUAGACUGGUGGACGGGAUGGACCUGCGACCGGAGGACUUUGACCAGGAUGCCGAGCAGAGUGUGCAGGAUACCGAUGAGGCAAUCGGUGCCCUGCAGCCCGACGUAGAGAACCUCAUAUCGCAAGGCGAGGCCCUGAUCAGCGAGGUCCAGGAACGCGACCCGAGACAGUCGCGACACCUGGAGGCCAGGCUGGGCACACUGCGCAAUCGCUGGAACACGCUGCAGGGCGACGCCGAGCAGCGCAACGACGCGCUGAGGGAGGUCGUGCCUCGGUGGACCGCUUACGAGAAGGAGGUCAGCGAGAUGGGGGCGUGGCUAGAGGAACUGGGGCGGAGGGCGGAUGAGGGGAAGGAAGAUGAAGACACCAUCAAGGUAAGACAAACAUUUUUGUUUACAACCGUUGGCCAAUUUUACAGAACAAAUUUUUGUAAGUUGUCAUUCAAGGAUCGUUAA